GCUUGGGCUUUUUGUGGUUGGGGUGUUGUGCUGUUGGCUUCCCUUCCACUUUCGGUCCGACUCGGUCCGACUCGGUCCGACUCGGUCCGACUCGGGUCCCUCGGGUUUUCGCGGCCGCCCCAUGGCCGGCUUCCGAGCCGCCGGCUCGGCGGCGCUGGCGCUGCUGGGCUUCACGCUCUACCAGAGCUUCUGGAGCACUGGCAUCGUCUAUGGCUGGCCAUCACUGCUGAAUCUUUUGCAGAGCGAAGGCGUCUACGGAGGUCGCUGCAGUGGCUCGGAGUCGUGUCCUGAGCGAGUCCUCGCCUUCAACUUGGUCUUCAGCGUCGGGGGCGCCACCAACGUCUCGGGCGGCGUCUUCUGCGGGUUUCUGGUGGACUGCUGCGGCCCCAAGGGUGGCAUGCUCACCGGCUUAGUCCUCAUCCUCGUCGGCAGCCUGCUACUUGGACUGGCUGACGUGGACAAUGAUUGGGCCUGGCCGCUGGCCUACGUCUUCUACGGCCUGGGAGGAUGCUGCGUGCACCUGUCCAGCUUUUCACUGGGCAACGCCUUUGGGAGCAGAAAAGGGCUGGUGAUCAGCAUGCUCGUCUCCGUGUUCUCCAUCUCCUCCUUGGCCUUCCAAGGCUUCGACCUGGCCUACCGGGCGGGGCUAAGCCGAUCCGCCAUCCUCAUGGUGCACGUGGGGAUUGAAGCAGUGAACAUUGUGCUUUCUGGAUGGCUCUGGCCGCGAGAGGCCAUCACACCAGGAGCGCAGUUGAAAUUCUCUGGCUGCCGCGUGGUGCAAGACGGUGCUGCCGAGAAGACGCUUCACGGCAAGAUGGCGCCCAGGGAGCUGUGCCGCCAUGCCCUGCGUGCUGUUUGCACCUGGAAGUUUGGAGCUUUCCUGGCCUUCCACUUCUCACAGCUUUUCCUGAACAGGUGCUUGAUGGGUUGGAUGGAGGCCGAGCUGCGAUGGAAGAGUGACGUGUUGGAGUCUUCUCGCGGUAGCGGCCUCAACGUGGAGAUGCACUUGGCGAUUUUCAACACCCUGCAAGCAGCCGCCGGCUUCAUUGCCAUCCCCUUCUUCGGUUUUCUCGUCGCCAGGUUCGGUCAUCGUCACGCUCCUUUCUGCGCAACGGCAGCGCUGGCGGUCCUUUACUUGUCCAUUCGCCCGCUUCCAUACGAGUGGAUGCUUCCCGUGCUGUACAUCGUCUCGGCCGUCCAUCGGCAAAUGUUCUUCUCCACCUUCUUCACCUAUGUUUCGUCUGAAUAUCCCCCACAGUUCUUUGCGACGCUUUCGGGCAUGGCGAACGUCCUUGCGGGGCUCGGAACUUUCCUUCAGAACCCUUGGCUGGAAGCGGUGCUCCGACGUGGGGAUUUUGCGGCGCCCCUGCUGCUGCAAGCAGGAUUUGCAGUCCUCGUCCUUCUCGGCACCAUCAUCGCCUGGUGCAAUGCUUCAAGGUCAAAACCAUCUGAGCCGGAGGUGCAUGAAGAUGCGCCAGCCUUGCCUGAGACUGCCUCUGGCAAAAUGGCGAUAUCCUUGUGAAGUGUUAGCUGUUGAGCAGAUUUUCAGCUCGGGCCUUGAGCACCUUGCGUCAAUGACGCCGAAGAGUUGCCAACGCCCAAGUGCAAAGAACACAUGUUUCUUGCGCAUAAUUGGGACCGCCAUCCACAGCUGGACUUGCCAGCCUACGAAUGGUGA